CCAGCCUCUCUCUCCAAUCUUCAUUUACUUUUAAUCCUUCGAUUGAGUGAACCAACACAAGUAAAACUAUUCAAUCAAAUGAGGUGAAUUCUUUUGGAUUGGGAUGAAAGAUUUUGAUUGAUGGGAUGAAAAAAAUGGGUGGCAAAUGGUGAGAACGAUGUUAGAGCAAAUGUGGAUAGAAGAUAGAUAGAUUGGAAUUGGAUAGAUAAUACUAUGCCUAUGUGACCUUAUUCGGACCACACUUUUGCCGCAUAUAUAUUUUGAUUGCCUUUUCAUUAUUUGCCCCUUCUUUAUGUGUCUUUGUCUUGUAAUACGGUAUGGGUGAAAAGGGUUUGUACGUGAACAUCAAUCAAGCUUUCACCUUUUCUACGUUUAGCAAAUGGUGAAACUUCAACAACCUAGACGUAAAAAUCAAAUGAAAUUUUUAUGCUAUACAAGCCAAGUUAGUUAUCCUUCCAUGGUGCAAGUAAUAAAGUAUUGGAAGAUGGCUCCAUUGAAUGAUACAUCUUAACCGUCACUUAUCUUAUCAUAUAGAUAUCAUUAUCAUCGAAUACUGAGACAAAUAUGGAUAUAUGGUUCGAUAUGACAAAAAUUAUCAAUGAUAAACAAAUGAUCAAAUACUCCAUAUAAGAGACUGAGUUGUAAUGUUUUAUGUGCCAUCAAGUAGGAGAGCCUUCUUAGCUAGCUAGCUAGCCAUGGAAACAUAUUCAAAAUGAACAAACUGCAAGAGUGCCUGUGAUUUGAGCAAGAUUACAAUGAGAAUGUAGUCCUCACAUCAUAUGUUAGCCUCGUGUCCCCCUGGGCUACGAUGAAGAACAUUGGCAUAUAUACUUAACGUUAAUGUGGUCUAAACACGUACAAUACAAUAUCCAAAUUAGGAUGAUGUAACUACGAAAAUGAUUUAUUGCGACAAUUGUACCUCAUUCGUCGCUUUUUUCAUAUAAUAACCAUACUCAAUAGUCUUUAGGAAUUACACUCUAGUCUGUGAUAGAGAGGAUACUAUUAAUAGCCUAUCAUCUUACUACUUAUGAGUGUCCGUUUACUACAUGAUUCACAUUUUGUAACCUAAAAAAAUUAAAUACCGAGGGAAGCUACAACCCACCAAUCUUCUUUGCAUUAUAUUAGGUAGUCAAUCAAAUGUAAACUCUCCAUUGCAUAAGCAAUUGACCUCUUUGCUAAUUUUCUAAUUUGAAAAAUAUGCAAAAGACUUGUAUAUAUAUUUUGAUUGAUUACGACAUAUGAGAGCACAGCAUGAUUUUACUCCCUUCUUCAUGCCUUUCCCAAGUUCCAAUUCUCAUGUGAGAAAAACAAUAAACAAAUUAUUAUACUAUUAUUUGGUAUCAAAAUUUUAAACAUAUGGAUUAGCUUUCCCACAAGCCAGCUAAGAAUGGAAAGGCUCCAAUCUAUAAUUGGUAUAGCUGUAUAAAGGUGGUGGUGGUAGUGGGGAAUCAUCAUCAUCAUCAACACACAUAUAUAUACAUACAUAAACUAACUUAAUUAUAUAUACAGACUAUUUCUUAUUAAAUAGAAUGAUAAAUUGUAGACCCUCCAUUAGAAAUGCCAAUGUUUGAUGCCAUUUGGUUGGCUUAAACAACUCCACAUACAAAGGGGAAAAAAUUAUCUUGUUUCAAGGUAAUUUCCACGUAUUGUCAUUCAUGUACAUAUUUAUAUAUCUUGAUAAUGUCAAGUUUUAAGGCUUAGUAAUUUUUAUCACAUUGUGAUAACGGAUGAAAGUUUUGUCAAAUAUUUUCGCCUUUUCUGUGAUCGCUGAAUUGUAUUGUCAAACUAAUUUCACGAAUCUUUGAAAAUUCUAUGUCAUUAUACAAUCUAUGCUUGAUUUAAAUAUCGUUCUCCAAUUAUUGCUCAUAUCAAUAAAUUACAUAACGAACCAACUAGUAGGUAUUAAGGAUCGAGUUUAAUGGCUCAUUCCUAAUCCUCUACUUACUAUAAAACACUUUAUUCUUUGUCUAGGUAUAUGUUUAGUAAAUUAAUGAUGCAAAACACAUGCAUGAUUGGGGUCACAUGAAUCAUGAUAAUUAUUAUCCAUAAUUUUGCCUUUUGUUUUGCUGCCUGGACUCCCACUACCCCCUCUCUUUUUUUCCCUAACAAUUUUAUAAUUAUUCCUUCCUCUUUUAGUUUGAAUUUGAGUUUUUAUUACCAUAUCAACUAAUGCCGAACACAUGGAAAUUGAUCAGGUUCAUAUUGAUUCACUCUCUAAUAAAUGAGUUGAGCCCUUAAAAAAUCAAAUAAUUUCACUUGUUCGAUUUGAGAAUAAAAUUUAUUAGCGAAUUAUGUUAAUGAUGUUCAUGAAUCAUUAGCAGAUCUAAUACCAAUAAGCUAAUUAUAUAACAAACUUAAUUUCAAUGUCAAAUCUCAUAACAAACUAAACCAAAAUAAUUUAAAAUUUCAAUUCAAUUCGACUCGAUUAUAAUAAUCUUAAGGAAACAAGAACAACAACAGAAGACAAAGUGGAGAGAAUAAAUUGUGCGUAAAAGUCAAAACAUUUGCACCUUUAGGCCGUGAUUUCUGAUUUCUCAACGAAUAGAACAAAGUACAGCAUUAGGUUAGCUGUCAACAAAAUGAGCGGCCGUGAUUGAAUCAAGCUUUGCGAGUGCAUCUGCUUUGCUAUAGAUUCGCUAACAGGUGAUCAAGCAUAAUAGCCGAGGGUGGGUGGGUGGGUUGGGUUCAUUUUUUGCGGGAAAAUUUCCCAGCUUUCUCUUCCGUCGAAGAUGAACAGUAAAUCCCUUUCUCUAAAACCCUAAUUUUUAGACAAACGGAUUGAAUGCCAAGUCCAUCUCUUUCUCUGAAUAAACCCUUUCGGCUUUCGCCCAGCAAAUCCCAUUAUUCCCCCUCUUUUGUGGUUUGCUAGAUGUUUGCUGUUUCGAGAAUAAAGGCUCUGCUUCCCCUUCAAAUUUCCCAUCCCAUUGCGCCGGCGUUGCCUCACGCUGCCGCCUUCUUCUUCGCUGCUCCCAAGUCGGCCCUUUUUUCUAUUUAUCCCGCAGUUAAUCAGUUCCCUGCUUCUCCAUCUCGCACACCCAUCAUGGGUUCAUCUGGGCCGAUGUUUUCUCGUGUUCAAAAUCGGAACUUUCGGCCGGCGGAGGCUGCGGGGGAUUUGACGACGUCCUACCCCUCCGGCGAAAUCCACGACAUUGUGGAUCCGAUGUUCGCCGGCAAGACCACCAGUCUCCUCCGACGUAUUCAGUCCGAAAGCGAGAAUGGCAGGUCCGAUCUCCUACUCCAACUCACCUUCGACUACUUUUGUUUUCCUGUUCGUUUUCCAUUGUUCUGUUUUGUUGUUGUUAUAUUUGGUUAUGGGAUUUGGAUAAUUUUGAAGAGGCUACGCGGUUCGAUUCAAAUGAAUUAGCUUCUGAGCAAUUUGUCUUAUUUCCGACUGUUUUGGAACCCAAUUAUAAAUAGUGGAAGUUACCAGCUUUCAGGUUAGAAAUUGGCUCCAGUUGGAUAGAACUUUUCAGGAUCUUUGUUUCUCGGGGAGAUUGAAUGAAGCUGUGAGCCUCUUGUGGCGUACUGAAUCACCCGUGGACGAUAGAACCUAUUCGCUCAUGUUGAAAGAAUGCAUUCUCACAAGUCGGUAUAAAACCGGGAGAAGAAUCCAUUCACAGAUGCUCGUUGUUGGCCAUCUUCCCACUGAAUAUCUCAAGACCAAGCUUUUGAUCUUCUAUGGAAAAUGUGGAGACCUAAGAACUGCACUUGUGAUUUUCAACAAGCUAAUUGACAAAACUCUAAUCUCCUGGAAUGCCAUUAUCUCAGGCUAUGUGCAGAAUGGCCUUGAACUAGUGGGGCUCAGUCUUUACGCCAAAAUGAGACAAAUCGGCUUGACGCCUGACCCUUACACGUUUUCUUCCUUGUAUAGAGCCUGUGGUACUCUAGUCUUGUUGGAACUUGGGAAGCAAGCUCACGGCGUCAUGAUCAAGUGCAAUGUUGAAGAUAAUGUGGUUGUCAAUAGUGCCCUUAUCGAUAUGUACUUCAAGUGCAGUGACCUAGUUGAUGGGCAGAAGGUGUUCAAUGAAAUGCCUAAUAGGAAUGUGGUGACCUGGACGUCUCUGAUCUCGGGGUAUGGUCAGCAUGGAAGAGUUGAAGAAGUUUUGGAAUUGUUUAGUAGGAUGAAGGAAGAAGGGUUUCGGCCAGAUCAAGUCACUUUUCUUGCUGUGUUAUCUGCUUGUGGUCAUGGAGGAUUGAUCGAUCAAGGUUGGUAUUACUUCUCAUCGAUGAAGGAUUAUGGGAUUGAGCCAAGAUGGAAGCACUAUGCUGCCAUGGUUGAUCUCUUGGGUCGAGCGGGAAAACUCCAAGAAGCUUAUGAUUUUGUUCUGAGCUCUCCACUUAAGGACCAUUCGGACACAUGGGGUGCUUUGCUUGGUGCUUGUAGGAUUCAUGGAGAUAUGGAUCUGGCAUCGAUUGCAGCUACAAAGUUCUUAGAGUUAGAACCGGGAAACGCGGGUAAAUAUGUGGUAUUAUCGAAUACAUAUGCGACUCGUGGGUUCUGGGACUGUGUCAAAGAUAUCAGGGGGGUGAUGAGAGAGCUUGAUAUUAUGAAAGAGCCUGCUUAUAGCUGGAUUGAGAUUCAGGGGGAGGUUCAUGUGUUCUCAACACGUGAUAUAUCUCAUAGAAAGUCAGAGGAGAUACGGAGUCUCAUUGUUGAGAUGACGAGCAUUUUAAAGGCUGAUGUCUGUGAUUUGGAGAUUGAUGAGCAUUAGAUCAUGAUGACGUUUGAAGUUGA